AUGUGGGCGGGGGAGGGCGGGGAACAGCAGCCGCAGAAGCGUCGACGGCGGCUGCGACGUUGCUCAGUCUUCGGGGUGGGCUCCGUGGCGCAGGCCGGGCCCGCCGUGGCCCAGCUUUACAAAGACCGAGUGUGUCAGCAGCCAGGACUUUCUCUCUGGGUGCCCUUCCAGAACGCAGCCACCGCCGUCACCAAUCUCUACAAAGAAAGCGUGGAUACCCAUCAGCGAAGUUUUGAUAUUGGAAUUCAGAUUGGCUAUCAGCGACGCAAUAAGGAUGUCUUGGCUUGGGUUAAAAAACGCAGAAGAACUAUUCGUAGAGAAGAUUUGAUCAGCUUCCUGUGUGGAAAAGUUCCUCCACCACGAAACUCUAGAGCUCCCCCAAGACUGACUGUAGUGUCCCCUAACCGAGCUACUUCAACGGAAACUAGCUCAUCUGUAGAGACUGAUUUGCAACCCUUCCGGGAAGCCAUAGCUCUGCAUGGUCUUAGUGGUGCAAUGGCUAGUAUAAGCGUGCGUUCGAGUACCCCAGGCUCUCCUACACAUGUAAGCAGUGGAUCGAAUGCUAGUCGAAGGAGAAAUGGACUCCAUGAUGUCGAUUUGAACACUUUCAUAUCAGAAGAAAUGGCACUCCACUUGGACAAUGGUGGAACUAGAAAGCGUACCUCAGCCCAGUGUGGCGAUGUCAUUACAGACUCACCAACCCAUAAACGCAACAGAAUGAUCUAAACUGCAAACAUUUUCACACCCACCAUGCUGCUUGAAAGCCACUUGAUCCUCAACAUAUAUACUAUUGCAAAGGAAACAUGAGGCCAUCUUCCCUUGUUCACUGUUUUAAGACAAGUGAAUUCUAUAGUGGUUGCCAUAAAAGGAAGUUGUAGGUAUUUACAGUAGAUGCCUCUUAUAACUAUGGCUUUCAUAAAACUAUAAUCCUAGCAGAGGACAUCAGAUAUCGUGUAGUCUUUAGCAAGAUCAUCAUAGGCAAACAUAUCCGUUCCAAGGCUAAAAGUGACCUUAACUGUAUUUAUUCUCAAAGGGAAAGGAAAUAAUCAGAUGUUUAUUUGGUUAUAGAAUGCCUUUUUUAAAAAAAAAUUCCUGCUGUGUUGAGUAUUUUGCUUCAACAGUAUUGCCAGGUUCCUAAAAUUGUCUAAAAAUACAAUUUGGCUUCCAUUUUUGCAGCAGCACUGUACCACGCACCUGGUUUCUAUAUUAACAGUGUGCAACUUUUAAUUAUUGGACUAUGCCCUGUUUUUAGUUUUCAAAGCAGUUUCUAAUUCUGGUGAUUGUGUAAUGUAAAGAGGUGCUAUGAUGGUCAUGCAAUUAAUACUUAAUAUUGAAUCAAUACACAGAACUUUAUUGAAUUCACUUUGUGUGUGUUAGUGCUCUAAAAGUAGCAAUAUUAUUAAACUGCCCCCAGAUUAACCCUGUAGGCCUAAAAUAUUCAGUUUUAAGACAGGUACUACUUCCUAUGUGGGGUACUUAUGAUAAAUGUAAACAUGUAGACUGCAUUCAAGGUGACCUAAAGUAGAGAGGUCAUGAACUUUGAGAAUGGGCUUCCGUUUUGGUUCAGUAUUAGUGAGAGGGAGAUGGAUGGUGGGGGGGUGGGUAUUCCAGUCUUUCUUAUCCUGUUUUACAUUUUUCAUGGAUGCCCUACUUUUCGAAGUUUCCAUUGGAAUGGGUGGAAUAUGGUAAAACUGUUUUACCUACUACUAAUGUGAUCACAGCUCAAAUAGCAAAACCCAACUCUCCCUGUCCCUCCUAUAUCCCUCUCCUAAAAAGUGCAGUUUGGAAUCCCAUUCUGGAAAAGAUGGAAUCGCAUGGAGGUUCUGUAGAUGUUAGGUAGACCUAAGUAAAAGUUCUCAAUAGAUUCCUCUUUUGAGUAAAUAUAAGACCUCUUGUAGCUACAAUGUUUUAGAGCAUGUUUCAUCUUCAUUUUUAAUAUCUUGAACUGAAUGAUAGUCUUUUUUAGAUGAAGAACUGAUGUCAGCCUGCCAGGUACUGUAAUUUAUUCUAUCAUAUUAUAUUAUAUAUCAAGUAGGACAGUGAAAAAUGUUUCCUUGCAGACUUGUAGUCGAGUAUCAGUUACUUCCUAUUUUUAUCCUUAAAAGACCAUUGCAAAUCAGUGUAAGGGUUUUUCCAGUAAUUACUCACAGCACUUUGUUAAAAGUUUGCAAUUUCUUCAGCUAUUUAAUAAUAUCUUUCUGUGAAGAUACUUUGCUAAGUUAACCAUAAUAUUCAUUGACUGGGUGGGAUAUGAAUGGAAUGUUAGAAAUGUGUGAAUUGAAGUUCUGUAUUCAUUAUAGAUAUAGCCCUUAUUUAAAAAAGUGAAUUCCAUACUAAAUCUAGGAAUGAAAGUGAGAUAUUUCUAAAUUUCUGCAAAAGUGGGUCAGUUUUUGUUUGAAUAUAAUAGCAGGAAGAAUUAUAGCAAUCUGUCAUUUUACCUUAAACGGACAAGCCUAUGUAUUAUAAAUACUCCCAAACUUCCCUUUGGAAUAUACCAAGAAAUGCAUCUGGAGUUAUCUUUGUUUUUCUAUCGUUGUAAAUUUAGGUUCUGGAAUAGGGGUUUUGUGGUGUGUCACGUUGCUCACUAGUGACCAGAACUCCUAUUCCUAGAGGAUUUUGAGAUGGAGGAACAUAUUUAAUCUCCUCUUUAUGCCUUGGUUCUAGUUCCUCUUUCCAAGUUGAAUGAGUUUUUUUGGUUGUUUAAGUUGGUGCUCUGAAGCUUAAUCUCAGUACCCUCUACUCUGAAUUGUCAAAUUUUGAUAAAAUGUGCCAUUUUCUUUGGUGAGAGAAAGCAGGUCUUAAUGUCUGCCAGAACACAAUUUAUAUGCCUUAUUGGCUCCAUUAAACUUUUUAAAAACUUUAACAUUUGUAACUUUUUUUCCAUUUCAUUUAAUUUCAAAUGCUAUUUGUCACCUAAUCGUAACCCUCCCCCUUCUCUGUCCCAUUGCUCUCUCAUGUGCACAGAACCACCUUGAGGCCCACGAAUAGAAAGGGAAAUAAUUUCUCAUGGGAAAACAGUUCUUACAGAUAGAUUUUUGAAGCAUUUCUUUAUGCCAGCUCAGAUGCAAAACAAAUCAUGGAAGAUUGUGUACUAUGUGGUACUUUUUAAAAAUAAUACUGACUUUUUCAGUCUCUUGAGAACAGUGUAGGCUGACUUUUAAAACUUCAUGGUUUAGUUUGGGGAACAGAACCUCUCUUCAUGUUAAGCUAGGUUCUCUGUUUGUUUUAGAUGUCAUAGCUCAUGAGUUCUGCUUCUGUCGCCCAGACUUGGCAUAAGCAGGUUGAGUUCACCCUGACACCGCAGCAUUCUGAGCAUGGCUGAAGUAUUACAGACUUAAUUAUAAUGUUUAGUAUUUUAUAGAUCAAAAUUAAUGGAAAGCAUUUGGCUGAACCUAAAGACGCACAGUCAGAUUCUUCAAUGUGGUUUACCAAACUGGAGUAGUGAUACAUACCUUAAAUCAGAAAAUGAAUAAAUCAUUAAAAAAAAA